UCGUUAAGCAGCUGGCCCAGUGGCUUUUAUUUUCGACCCGCUCGUAGACAUCAGUUGCAGUUCGGAAGCGGAAUCGGUUGAUGUUGUUGCUCCGAUUCGGACGUGGAACAUUUCACUUUUGUACACUCGCGUUUUCGACUUCAAAGAAUCGGCAAAAGCGCACAGAACAAACCUAAAAAACUUUUCUUUACGUUUCUGAGUUGUAAUUUAAUGUGUUGUGCUGGUUCCAUGUGAUUAACUUUGAACGUGUAUAGAACCUUUUCCAAACCAAUGUAAAUACACGGUAUCCGUUGACCCUUUGUGAAAAUUUUCAUUACGUUUCUCGGUAUUUGUUGGUAGUUUUCUGUUUCUGGCUGUUUAUCGUGCGUUGCUUUGUUGUUGAUUUCCGUGAGGGACGCGCAAUUUUCCAUUCACCUCUGCUGCUCCAGUUCUGGAAACCACCCCCCACCAUCGUAAAGCCCAUCGUUUGCCGGUCCCCAACAAUAUGGAAGCGGUGGCUAAGAAGGGCAUGGAAAACUACAGAUUCGGCAGUGUGGACUAUGCGGUUUUCCUGGGCAUGAUCGUAUUAUCCACCAGCACGGGAAUCUAUUUCGGGUGCAUCAAGAAGAGCAAGGUGAAGCUCGAGGAGGCGGAACCCACUCUGCCGACCACCACGCCACAAAGGCGAAAACACGAUUUCGGAUCGGAGAAGAUGAGCGAGUAUCUGCUCGGGUCACGCAAUCUGAAAGUUUUCCCUGUUGCUAUGAGUCUGAUAGCCAGCUACAUAUCGGGCGUCACCAUACUGGGCACUACCUCUGAAAUCUACAAUUAUGGCACACAAUAUUGGUUUAUAGCGAUCGCAAUAGUGCUCCAAGGCAUUGCCGUCUCCUACGUCUAUAUACCAGUAUUCUCGGCUCUUCAAGUAGGCUCUUCCUAUGAGUACUUAGAGAUGCGCUUUCAUUCGGUGGUACGAAGUAUUGCAUCCUUCAUGUUUAUUCUGGAUGAGAUUCUGUUUCUGCCUUUCAUUGUGUAUGUACCAGCUAUAGCUCUGAAUCAGGUAUCGGGCAUUAAUCUCCAUGUGAUUGCAGUGGUAAUUGUGGUCGUGUGUGUUUUCUACACAUUUGUCGGAGGAAUCAAAGCAGUGGUCCACACAGAUGCUUGGCAAGUGCUGGUCAUGUUCCUUUCCGUUCUUGCUGUGGCUAUUUUGGCCACUGUCUAUGCAAAUGGCUUAAAUGUCCUCUUUGAUGAUGCUGCCAAAGGUGGCCGAUUGAUCUUUAACAAUACAAACCCAUCGCCUUAUGUACGGCACACUGUUUGGAGCGUUCUCAUCGGGGGGUUCUCUUACUGGACCUCAUUCAAUGCUGUCAACCAGACCAUGGUUCAGCGUUACAUGUCUCUUCCAUCGCUGAAAAAGGCUCGUGCUUCUAUGGCUAUUUUUACAAUUGGUGUCGCUGCUUUCGUCUCUGUUUGUUGUUAUGUGGGACUGUUAAUCUAUGAGAUGUAUAAAGAUUGUGACCCUCUAAGUGCGGGACUAAUUACGCACGACGAUCAACUGCUGCCGCUUUUUGUCGUCCAGAGUGUGGGUCACAUCUAUGGUAUGUCUGGUUUGUUUAUAGCUGGAAUAUUUGGAGCUGCCUUGAGUUCACUUUCCGUGGUUCUAAACUCAACAUCCUUGGUAAUCCUGGAGGAUAUAGUUCGCGGCUGCUUCAAGAUGCGACCAAGUGAAAAAGCCUCAACCAUUCUUGUCAAGUCAACUGUUAUAGUUCUUGGCUUGGUGGCCCUUUCACUGGUGUUUGUCCUGGAACAACUGAGUGGAAUCCUGAGCAUUUGCACUUCAAUGACGGCCAUUGCAGCUGGAACCACUUUUGGCCUGUUUACCCUGGGAAUGCUCGUUCCCUGGGCCAAUACCGUAGGCACUGCUGUGGGCGGAAUUGCAAGUGCUCUGCUCGCCGGGUGGAUAUCUUUCGGUACGCAGUUUACCAUUGCAGCGGGUGAAUUAAAUUCUCAAAAGCUUCCCGUGUCCGUGGACGGAUGCGUGGGCAAUGUGACCCUUCGGGAAAAUAUAUGGGUAGAUGAGGAGCAAGUUUUUCCACUGUACCGACUGUCCUACCACUGGAUAAAUCCCAUUGGCGUGGCCACAGUCAUAGUGGUUGGUGCACUAGUCUCCCUUGUGACCAAACCCACAGAUAUGAAAACUCUAGACCCGGAUUUAAUAUCACCAGUGAUUCACAGAUUCCUUCCAAAAGAGUGCUUUAGUGGUCGCAAUCUCCAUGCGCAUGCGCACAAAAACCUUCUUAACGUCUCCUAAAAUAGACGCACCAUAACUUCCUGUGCCAAACUUAAUGGAAUUGAUCGAGAAAUCGUGGUCCUAUACCUGUGGCAUUGAAUUCCACACCUUGUUUUGUUAGCAUAGUUUGUAGUAGUAGUUGCUUUGUGGUAGUUACCUUAUAGAUAGCCUAGUCUAGUACAAUGCGAUUCAGCUAUUGGAAAUCACAAACCGAAGUACAGGAACCUAUGAAUCUGCAUCUCAGAAUCCCGAGUGCACAAUCAUUACCGUAAUAUAAUUAUUGAAUUAUAAUAUAGCUUUAUUUAAUUGUUCUGUUUGUAGUGGUUCUUUACUUUCCAGACUUUGUUCAAGCAUUAUUUUUUGGCAUUUUCGAUUUGUAGUCAGCAGACUGUGUCUCAAUGUGUAUUCCGUUUGACUUUACAAGCAUAAUGUCUGUGAUAAAUUCAAUAAAUAGAUCAUACAUACUA